GGGGAAGGGGGCGCGUGCGCGCGGCCAUAUUGGCUACUUGUGACUUUCGGGAGGAACGAGUGAAAAAAUAACCCAACUUUUCUCGGUCUCUCGUGCACACGCAGGAAAAUGUUGCCCUGGAGAAUUGUCCAUUGAUCCGUGAUACGGCCGAUCCUGUCCAGGACGUGACUGCGGCGUUGCGCCGGGGGGUUAUCUCACCGUUCCAACGAAGACUGGUCCCUUAUCCUAGAAAAUGAGCUUCUUCGGUUUCGGUCAGUCCGCCGACAUAGAGAUCACGUUGGACGGCGCCGAGACGCGAAAGACCGCGGACAUCAAGUCCGAGGAUGGCAAGAAGGAACGGCACCUGCUCUACUACGACGGCGAGACCGUGUCCGGCAAGAUCAAUAUCAGCUUGCGAAAAGCUGGAAAAUUAGAGCAUCAUGGUGUCAAGGUAGAAUUUAUUGGACAAAUUGAGCUGUAUUAUGACAGAGGUACCCAUCAUGAGUUUACAAAUCUGGUAAAAGAACUGGCAAGGCCAGGGGAACUAACACACAAUACGGUGUAUACAUUUGAAUUCCCAAAUGUCGAGAAACCAUUUGAGAGUUAUACCGGCUCCAACGUACGACUAAGAUAUUUCUUGAAAGUGACAAUUGUACGAAGAAUUAGUGACAUUAUUAAAGAACUCGAAUUAGUUGUGCACACUCUUAGUUCCUAUCCAGACAUGAAUAAUCCAAUUAAAAUGGAAGUUGGAAUUGAAGACUGUUUGCAUAUCGAAUUUGAAUAUAAUAAAAGCAAAUAUCAUUUGAAGGAUGUAAUUGUUGGCAAAAUAUACUUUCUUUUGGUUAGAAUAAAAAUAAAACAUAUGGAGAUAGCAAUCAUCAAACGGGAAACUACAGGCUCUGGUCCCCAUACGUUUACCGAGAACGAAACCAUAGCGAAGUACGAGAUCAUGGAUGGCGCACCCGUUCGAGGGGAGUCCAUUCCCAUAAGAGUGUUUUUGGCUGGGUACGAUCUGGCGCCUACGAUGCGCGAUAUUAAUAAGAAGUUUAGCGUUAGAUACUAUCUGAAUUUGGUUCUCAUGGAUGAAGAAGAUCGACGAUACUUUAAGCAACAGGAGAUUACAUUAUGGAGGAAAGGUGAGAAAAGCAGAAAGUCGCAAACGGCCUCGCCGCACAUGCCGUCGCAUUUAGUAUCGGCUGAAACCGGAUUCCCGCAAGGCGCCGCGCAAAACGGCCCGCCAUCGGCGCCGCCUGACUCCGGUCAACUGCCAACGAACAACGUCACGAACGCAGAGGAUGCUCCAGCGCCAAUCGAGGGCAUGACGCGGGAGGAAGGUGACGGCGAGGGUGAAAAGGAAGGCGGUCCAGAAAGUGAUUGAGUCUCCGCAUAGUUCUGUCCCUGGUGCCAGUUAUAGCCCAGAUUAGUUGAGAACGUUGAAAUAUGGUUGAUGAAUGCAACAAAGGAAUUAGGCUUGAAGGAAGAGUCUCCUUUAUCGCGUUGGGAGAUUUGUUUUUAUUAUGAAAAACAGCGGGAUGCGUAAAAGGCCUGCUAGCAAAGUUGUAAAUAUUUUGGAUACCUUAUAUAUAUAUAUAUAUAAUUGAGAACGAAUGAUUUGUAACUAGUAGAAUACCGAUCAAAAUUAUAAUACUGAGAAAAUAGAUUUAAAUACAGGGAGGAUCUUUUUGUCAUUUUGAAAAAGGGAUAAUUUUGACAUUAUUUCACGUGCCGAUAUUGCAAACGAGUAUAAUACGGAACAAGCGGUAUAGGUAUUUCCUGAAUGGACGGCUUACUAAUCAAAUAUUAACCAACGGUACAUUUUGCAAAACAUCUGGGUGUUACAGUGUUCUAAAUGUUUUAUACAGACGAGAUUGUGCCCACUGACCCGCCCACUAUGUAAUUCUGAGAAUCCGAAGUCUACGGCAGCGCCAUGUUAUGCAAAGAGAAGAGAAAGAGUUUAUAAAUACAAAAUGGAUAUAUACUCACAAUGGCUGCCCCAUAUUAAUCCGUUCACCUAGUCUACGAAUACUACAAACGAAAACACGGGAAAGCUACUUGCUUGUGUGUACGUGACGCAUGUUUUUUAAAAUAGUUUACAUAUAAACACACGAUGCGCCUCGAGCGAAAAAGAUCGCACUUAUUUUUAGAACGAGUUUGUACAAAAAAAAAAAGAGAAUAAGGAUGUCGAUUGUUGUGCACGACACGAGUUGAUAGAUUACCUUCGGCUUUUGAGUUCAGCGCAAAACUGUGCGUAAGGACAGUUUCAUAACAUAGAGAGUUUUAUAUGCAGAAGCGUGUGCAUUUUGCAUAAACGUCAAUCUUCCAAACAGACACAAAUUACGAUGUAUCUGCUCAAGUUGAUAUGCCUUUCUGAACACGAGAGUGGACUAUGAUAUAGAUUAAAUAAUGGGGUAGCCGCCUCGUGUAUUUAUAAAUAUAUAAAUAUAUAUACAUACAUAUAUAUAUACUGCAGUAUACGUGUGUGAGUAUAUAUACAUAUGUAAGACUUUUCAUUCUGGCAAUAAUGACUAAACUGGCUUAGGUGUGUUCCAAUAAAUCGUGGCACAUCGGUCAAGCGACAUCCCGUGAAAGAAUAACGACUGUACGAUAAAUUUUUUUUUUAUUGAUAAUAUAGUUUUUGAGAAAGUCGAUUUCGAAUGUAUGAAAGUAUUGUCCGUUAUACGAAUCGCUUCUCGAGGACUAAGAGAUCAAUAAUGAAAGUUCAUUUUGCACUAUUUCACUUGACUUUUUUUUCACGGGAAAUUAUCCAUUCGACGAUUGUACCGCGAUUUACUCAAUAUUCUGUAUGUAUAUGUAAACAUACACGUAUUUACAUAUUGUAAUAUCACAGACAGUCGGAUGCGGACAUAUAUUUCUCUCCAUCGCUGCGGCAUUGCGAGAUGCUGCUAGCGAUGAGGGUGAUACUGCUG